GUUUAACAAUUUGAUCUGCGGUAGGACAGCGUGUUGGGGAAAGGAAUGGUAGAGCCGCCGCAUGGAAGCGUGUUUGUUGUAACAAACCAGUUCUUAAUCGUUCCUUCUUAAUUCCUCUGUGCAGCCUGGCUGAGCGGGGCUAGUUGAGAGCGGGAGAUGUCAACUCCCCCUCUAGCUGGGGCUGGAAUGCCUCCCGGCGCUUUCUCAGGGACACAGGCUCAAGCAGCUAGGGAGGUAAAUACAGCUUCACUCUGUCGUAUCGGCCAAGAGACCGUGCAGGAUAUUGUGUUUCGAACCAUGGAAAUCUUCCAGUUGCUGAGGAAUAUGCAGUUACCGAAUGGUGUUACUUAUCAUACUGGGACGUAUCAAGACAGACUGGGAAAGCUGCAGGAACAUCUCCGGCAGCUAUCAAUACUCUUCAGAAAAUUGAGAUUAGUCUAUGACAAAUGCAAUGAAAACUGUGCAGGACUUGAUCCUGUUCCCAUAGAACAACUUAUUCCAUAUGUUGAAGAAGAUGGAUCCAAGCACGAUGAUCGUGGUGCUGCUAGUCAGCUUCGUUUUGCUACUGAAGAGAGAAGGGAAAUCAUGGAGGUAAACAAGAAAUUGAAACAGAAGAAUCAACAGCUGAAGCAGAUCAUGGAUCAGUUACGGAAUCUCAUUUGGGAUAUAAAUGCCAUGUUGGCAAUGCGGAACUGAGCAAGGAAACAACUUAAAAUCAAACUUCAUAAUUAGAAGAGCUGCUGAUUUUUUUUUUUUUUUCAGAUAUACUUAAUUUCCUUCUAAGAAGUACCGUGUUUUCCCACAACCAUGUCACAGCAAUAUUUGAAAAGUUUUUGAUAUUAAAGUGUUUUUUCUCUGAUAAUUUAAAUAGUAUUGACUUUCUUUUUAUAAAAGAUUCAUCCUACAGUUUGUGUCUGAGUGAUUCAAUUAGGCUGAAUAUAGCAAGUUUUGUAACUUACAGUAAUAAUUUGAAUUGCUAUAUAAAUUGAGUUUUUUAUAAAUGUAGUCUUUCUAGAUUUUGUAUAAUACACUUAACACUUCAAAGAAAAAAAAAGUUUGCAUGCUGUUCUGCAGUGUGGACUGCUUCUAUAUGUGGGAGAAGUCAAUACAGAAAAGUUGCUCCAGGAAGCUGCAGGACAGAAAUAAGUGAUCAGAGAUUACGAUUCAAUACAGGCCCGUUGUGGGAACCUAUGGACUCCUAUGCCAUAUUAGGUCAUCUUAUCCCAUAUCCUGUCACUAUAUACGUGUGGUAUUAGAUAGAUUGGGGCAAAAUACAAGAAGCCACGUAGAUAUGCCCCUAUCCUCAUUGAUACAAUUAAGUCCUUUUAAGUGAAGGCUUUAGAACUCAUCAACCUUAACUUCUUCCACAACUGAGUUAUCAUUUUCUUGAGUAUUACUUCAAGUUGGGCCUCAUACUUCUGUACUAUUAUAUAGGAUUGGAAUGCUUUAUUCUCUUUUACCAGAGUGUACUGAGUAGUGCUUUUCAUUGAUCAUUUUACUAUGACUGCCAGUGCCAGAAAACUUCAGUGUAUUUGAAUAGUUUGUUAUCUUGUGUUAGUCAUGAAACUUACCUUUCUUUAUUUUGUUUCUCUGGCUAAUUUUUAACUUCCUUAGGUAUUCCUCACAAUUUUCGUUAGCCCUGAAAAUAUUCUAAUAAUGUUUAUUAUCCACAAAUGCUGCUGUUAGACUGUGUGUCUCUCUAUUCCAGAUCAAUUAAUAUUUAAAAUAAUGUCAUUUCAGUACAAAUCCUUAGGGCACUUGGCUGGUAAUAUUUGUAAAGUUGAAAACUGACCAUCCUUAUGUCUUGUUUCUUAUGUAUUACCUUUAAUGCCCAUCCUGUGCCCAAUUAGAUUCCUUAAUAGUUUUGCAUGAAAGGCUUGCUCAAACCUUUUGAAGAAUCCAACUAAAUGAUAUCUAUAAGAUAUCUUUUAUACACUGCAGUAUUUUGAUACUCACUGAAUUCUGAUGGAUUCAAGUUGCAUGUUUUUUACAGAUGUCAUACUGGUUUAUUGUUCUUAAAGUUGUGUGGGUUUUUUUUUUUUUUUAAUGAUUUCAACACAUUUGCCCACUCCUUGAGGUAAAAAUCACUGGCACGUAAUAGUAACACCUGCUUAACAGUAUAUGAUUUCAGUUGGGGAAGAUCAGGUCCAAUUUUUCUCUUUUUUCUCUUUUUGAAGAGUUUAACAGAUUAAUGGAUGCCCAACAGUCUUUACUCCCAUUUUACAAAUGGAAGAGUUGAUAGCUCACUCAGCAUUCAGUGGCAAAGCUAGCAGUAGAACUGCUGAGUUUCCGUUUAGGUUGACCGUUGCAGCAGAUAACAUUGGUCAAGGAGUAAUGGUUCUUCAGCAGUGACAGGUGUUUCUAUUAUAUAACCUAUGUAAAGACAAAACAGAUUAAAAGUUUGAAUGAAGCUUUUGCAAAGGAGGUGAUGGGUGCCCAUAGAGAUUUUUAUUUAAGAUGUAGGCACAUCUUUAUAUUUGCAACAUGUAGUGCAGCUUUCUACUCAGUGUAUAUAUAAGCACACAUCCCUCUUGGAAUAAAUAUUUGAAGUGGAUUUUGAAGUGACGCCAAUGUUUUGAGUGUGAGUAUAAAAUUCUCAAUACUUAGCGUUUGGUUGUAGUUUGGAACAAUGGAAAGGACUACAGAAAAUGGAGAUUAUACUAGACUUUGCUCCACUGUCUAUAUAAUAGAUCUGUGUGAGCACUAAAUAUCUUUAAAGUUUGUUGGCUUAUUAUUUUUGUUAUUUAUAAACAGAGUAAAAGUAACGUAAAAUGUGAAUAAGAGUGCAAGUAUUGCAAGUAGAUGUCAAGCUGAUACAAUAUUCAGCUUACUCUGCAUCUGCUGGCAGUGGCCAAGGUUUAUACUAUAAUUUUUCAUCUGGGAGAGAGGGAAAAAAAACCACUUUAAACCACUACGAGAACAGAUAGCAUGCUAGCUAAAUUGCAAAGUGUGGAAAUUGACAGAACUGUAAAUUAUCACAGUAAAUACUGUCAAAACAGGAACUUUGCAAAGUGUUGGACCAAAACCAUACACUUUGACUUACACAGAUGAAAGUAAGAGUAGUGGACAUAAUUUACCUCCUGCCACGUCCAUGAGUAAAUACAGGUUUCAGUCAAGAAGAUAGGAGUUUUAAAAUGAGUAGCUGUUCCUUAACUGGAAGACGUUGCUGGGCAUCAGCGUGUGUUGAAAAUUAAUAUUUUACUGCUAGUUAAUGAAAUGGCAACAAAUACACCAGCAAAGCAAUACCAGCACAGUUGCUUCAGUGUUUUGUUUCUGUAUCAUUGACUGUUUCAGUAUUUCAGAUUAGGCAAACGCUGGAUAAACACACAAACAGUACUGGGAGCAGAUACCAAACCUGGGAU